GCAGCGGGUGGGCGUGCUCCGGGUGCGCGCGCCGCCGCCUCAGCCUGUCGCGCCGCCCGCGCCGCCCGCUCCCGGUGCUCGGCCCAGCACGUCGGCUCCGGAGCGGCCGUGGGCAGCGCGGGCCCGCGGCAUUAGAGUCCGCCGGCCUCGGACCCGCGUCCCGCACGCGGACUGUCCCGAGCCAUGGGGGUGUUGAUGUCCAAGCGGCAGACAGUAGAGCAGGUGCAGAAGGUGAGCUUGGCUGUGUCAGCCUUCAAGGAUGGGCUACGGGACAGGCCUUCCCUUAGACGUGGGGGUGAGCUACCAGGGUCCCGCCGCGGCACUGUGGAGGGCUCUGUUCAGGAAGUACAGGAAGAAAAAGAAGCAGAGAGUGCCCCCGUGGUCCAGGAAGAGAGCAGUAUCAAUCGUGCAGCCUGGGAGCGGCUCCGAGAUGGGCGUGGAGUUGAACCUGAGGAGUUUGACAGGACCAGUCGAUUCACACCCCCUGCCUUCAUCCGACCGACCAGGAAGCUGGAUGAUGACAAACCUCCAGAUAUCUGCUUGGAUCCCCGGGAGCCUGUUGUCAAUGAUGAGAUGUGUGAUAUCUGCGAAGUCUGGACCGCUGAGAGCCUCUUCCCAUGCAGAGUCUGCACCAGGGUUUUCCACGACGGUUGCCUGCGGCGCAUGGGUUACCUCCAAGGAGACAGUGCAGUGGAGGUGACAGAGAUGGCCCAUACAGAAACGGGCUGGAGCUGCUACUACUGUGACAACCUUAACCUGCUGCUUACAGAGGAGGAGAUGUACAGCCUCAUGGAGACCUUUCAACGGUGUAAAGUCAUCCCUGAUUGCUCCCUGACACUGGAGGACUUCGUGCGCUACCGCCACCAAGCAGCAAAGCGAGGGGAUAGCAACAGGGCCCUGAGUGAUGAGCAAGAGGAGCAGGCAGCUCGCCAGUUUGCAGCCUUGGACCCUGAACGUCGAGGCCACGUAGAAUGGUCGGACUUCUUGUCCCAUGAAUCUCUCCUACUGCUGCAGCAGCUGCGUCCCCAGAACUCUCUACUGAGGCUUCUCACCGUCAAGGAGAGGGAACGAGCCCGAGCCACCUUCCUGGCACGGGGCAGCGGGAACACCAUCAGUGAGGCAGAGUGCCAUCAGGCCCGGCACUCUUGGUUCAGUAAACGCCUUGCAGAGGCGCCUUCUUGCAGCGUCAGCAUCAGCCAUGUGGGUCCCAUAGCAGACAGCAGCCCAGCCGGCAGCAGUAGCAGGAGUGAAGACAAGGUCCCAUUGUCCACAGAGCAGGAGUCCAGAUAUGUGGACUGGCCCACCUUCCUAAGAGAGAACGUCAUCUACAUCUUGGCCGCUCGUCCUAACAGUGGGGCGAUUCACCUGAAACCCCCAGGAUAGUGUGGGGCAGAGAAGCUCAGUGCUGGGGCGUGGCAUCCCCUCCCUCCUCUCCCUUGUCUGUCCUUAACCAAUCUCUGGCACUGAGACUCACAGGAAUGGGGCAUUGCCAGCA